AUGGCGGAACUUUGUGAAAUAUGCAAUACACCAGCAAGCAUGACAUGCGCAGGUUGCGACAAUAGUCGCUAUUGUUCGAAGUUGUGCCGGAAGCGCGCCUGGAAGAAACAUAAACUUCUUUGCUCUAUAUUCAAGGAAUUUAGCGACGACAAAAGACCGACCCCAAUGCAUAGACGGGCCAUCUACUUCCCCGUCGACGACGACAAGCCACGCUUCAUUUGGUUGGAGUUCGAACGACGAUUUGACGAUGACCUCGAAGACGACGAGCCUGAAGAUGAUGGAUAUGACUACCCACAGAAGCGCAACUUGCUAGGACCCAAUACAGCGGUGGAAUACAAGCCAAUCAAACAUAACGACGUCUUGGAUCGCCCACUACGACAUACUAUCUCCUUGAUGAUACGCGAGGCGGGCAUGAUCGACGGGUCCGCUCCCAACCGUAGUACUCCAAAUUGUGUGGAUGGUUCUCCGCAAUGGCCUUUUCGUUGGUAUGGACCCAUACUUGCGAUUGGGGAAGAGGGACUCUCUAUAGAUCCAAAUCGGAGCGAUGACCUUGACAUGACAGACUUCCGUCACAUCGUAGAUCGCUUGAGCACAUGGUCAUUC